UAAAAUAAAUAAACUAAUAACAAAUAAAAAAUAAUAAUUAAAUCAAUAACAGAAUCACUUUCACUUUUGAUUAGAUAAAAAUUCUUAAAAACAAAAAUGAAGAAAGGAUUAGUUUUAUCUUGGCUAACUAUCUUUCAUUGCACAAUUAGAUAUAUUAUCGCAUAAAAUAAAAGCCUAUAAAUCUUACCAUUAAAUUACUAAGAUUCUAUAUGCGAAGCAACUGGCACUAGUAAAAAUUAUUUUAUGUUCAAAAAAUUUCCGUAGCCUAUGUAGACUGAUUAAUUAUCCUUAAAAUUUAAUGUCAUUUAAAAUCUGAAUUAGUUAACAUUCUAGCUGUUUGAUAAUACUCAAGUAAAUUAACCAUAAGUUUUAAUUAGUACCACAGAUGGAGAAACAAUUAAUUUAGAAUAUACUUACUCAAAAGGAAAAUUUAUUUUUUCUAUUAAUGAUCAAUAAUAAUAAUAUUUAUAAAAUAAUUUUAUUGAAAACUUGAUUAUCAACUUUUAAAACAUAACAAAUACUGCUAAUAGUAAUGUCACAGCAGGCAAAUUUGUUAUGAUAUAAAAUUCCUCCUAAUAAAGUACUAUAACAUAUAACGUACCUACAAAUCUAUAUUAUAGUAUAAAUCAGUGUCAGUUGGUUCCUAUUAAUUUAAUUUCUAAUUCUGGAUGCCAUAUACUAGGAAAUGUGACCUUUUCAAUUGACUUUUCUUAUAAUAUGAUUUUCUCUUAGAAUGAUAGCCUGCUUUUAAGCUUUUAAUAUCAAGAAUAUUUAGGAGCUUCAUAAACUCUAGCAUAUCCUCCAUCUGAUUUCUCAGCAAAUUUAAAUCCUUAUUUUAAUAUCUCAUAAAUUUAAGCUUGGGUAUAACAAGUAUAUGCUAAUAGCCCUCAACAAAAUCUAAAUGUCAGUGUUAUAGAUUCAUAAUCAAUAUUAAUUUCAGGUUUCUAAAAUGUGUAAAUUAAUAAUUUAGAGGGUUAAAUAGAUCAACAAUUAAUUAUCACUCUUUCAAAUUUAUAUUACCCACCUACUGUUAAAUCAAAAUUGAUGUUUGAUAUGUACUUAAUUGAUAAAUAAGGAUUCUAUAAAUGUUCUUAAAAGGUGUCUUUAAUUUAAUAAAAUACAUCUCCUUUUUCAUUGUUUAAUGUUUCUUUUUCUUCUGUUUAAUAUGGAAGUCCUUUAACAUUAAAUAUAACUAUUGUUCCUUAAAGAUACAUGCUUUCGUAUAACUCUACACUAACACUAAACUUCUCAAGUAAUGUUUAAAUUCCAACCAUAUAAAAUUUGAAUGUAACUGGGAUAUCAUUCUUCUAAACUUCAAAUACACAAUAUUCUGUGAUUAAUAAUUAGAUAGUUUUCUAAAAUUUUCUUACAAGUUCAGUAAGUUCUGACUAACAGAUAGUGUUUACUAUUCAGGGACUUUAAGUUCCUAUGUAUGGAGGUAAUGUCUCAAUUAUAGCCUAAAAUAGCUACUUUAACUAAUAUCCUUAGCAUUAAAGUAGUUUUACUCAGCUAAUAUACUGUAAUUCUUGUCUCAAGUUGACUUUCCAAAGCUUGGUGAUUGCAUAAAAUUCAUCAAUUCAGUUUAACUUUACAAAUUAAUAUUAGCUUUAAAACAAGGGAUUCAUAAAUCUUAUCUUCCCUCAGAGCUUUUUUGGAAAUCUGUAAAAUACUCCACAGCCUUAGAAUAUAUAAUUAAUUAUGAAUUCAUAGAAUUUUCAGAGUCAACUAUCUGUUCUAAAUAAUGUCCUUACUAUACCAUACACCUAAGCAACUACGUUGCCUGCUAACUAACUAAUUUAUUUCUAACUUAAUUAUAUUUAAAACUUUUUAAGUACUUAUUAAGUAUACGAUUCUUUUGAAUACUAAAUUUUGGAUUAAAAUCGAUAAGUAUAUUACAGAUCACUAAUUUAGCUCCCUUAAUGCUAGCCUGAUUUAUUAUACAUUACUGCAUGGUAAUCUUUAAUGUAAAUGCAACUAUCAAAUACAAAUAGUAUCUUAUUAUCCUUUUAUGUAAAUUCAGACUCUUUUACCAUAGAUGGUCUAAAUUAAAAUAGUGUCCAAAUUCAAUUUUCAAAUUCAAUAUAAUUUACAUAAAACUCUGUUUUUGUUUUUUUAGAUGGUUUUUCUUAGCAAAAAUAAUUAAACUGGACAUAUAGCAAUAAUUAAUUGAAAAUUACUAAUUUCACUCUUUAAAAGUAAUUGAAUUACACCAUCAUUUUAUAAAAUGUGACCUUAUCAAGAUUUUAGAGUGUCGUCUAAACUCCUUAGAUAUAAACAUUUGGAAACUCUUUUUUACUCCACUAAAUAGCUUAAGGAUAAAAUCCUUUGUAAUUAAAUUUAACUGAUCCUUACUUAUUGAAAAAUGUUUAGCUUUAAAUAAUGAAUUCAACCUUUAUAAACACAGUUGGAAAUAUUGCUGUUUUAUUAGUUUUCUUAGAAAACUUAUAGAUUUUGACUGGGGAAAGCGUUUAAAUAUAUUUAGAUAAAUCAUGUGAUUUAUCUAUGCUAAAUAGUUUAGCAAUCUAAAGUUCAUCUAUUCCUAGUUCAUCACCUUUCUAAAUUAGUCAAUUUAAUUUAGAUAGCUAAUCUAAUCAAAAUUAAAAUAUUAUUUCCUUCUCUAUACCUAUCAAUCUUCCUUAGCAGAUUAUUAAAUCUGAUUUAUCUAUUUAAUUAUCCUUUAUUAACAAUCCAAUAUAUUUAGUUUCUAUUUAAUAUAAAGUUUGCUUUAUAAAUUCACUUGGACAAAUCUAUGCUUCAUCAUUUAGUUUGCUAUUUAAUGAAUUACAACCUUUAAGUUUAAACACAGCUAUAUCCUACGAUGGAACCUAAGAUUCUAAACUAUUAGGAGAUUAAUUUAAAGCAACUCUAUAAAUAUAAUCUGUGAUUAAUUUACCUCCAAAUGGUCUAAUUAAAAUAAGCGGAUUUGGAAAAAGUUUACUUUUAAAUGAAUAAAAUCUAAAAGUUACAAGUUAAAAAUGUAGUAUUUAGUCUAUUAAUUAUAAUGAAACCAGCACUAUAUUAUCUUUUAAAUACUUAAAUCUUACAUAAAUAUAAACAGAUUUACCUAUUCUUAUCAAUGGAUUGAGCACUUAUCAAACAUCUGAAUUUUCUUUUAAUGAUUUAUAGCUACAAAUUUUUGAUUAUAACUAAGGUUCAAAUUUAAUUUCUUUAAUUACACCUCUAAAUAUCUCUAUAAGUAACUUACUUUGCAGUUCAAAGUGUAUAAAAUGUUAUAUUAGCUCAAAUAACUGUGUUUUAUUUAACAGUACAAAUAGUAGCAGUAAUAAUAAUAAUAACAGCACUUCAGGUUAAGGAAACAAUAAUAACAAUAAUAGUACAUCAGGAAAUAAUGGUAAUAAUAAUGGCACGAGUAAUAAUAACAAUUAAAAUAAUAAUAACACUAGUAAUAAUAACUGUACCAGCAAUAACUCUACAAAUAAUAAUAAUUAAGGAAGUAAUAGCAAUUCUACAAACAACAAUAAUAAUAGUAAUUAAGGAGGUUAAGGUAGCAAUAACAACAACAAUAAUAAUAACACUACAAACAGUAAUAACACUAACACAAACAAUGGUGGUAGUAAUACUAAUAGUUAAGGAAAUUCUGGUAAUAAUAAUAAUAAUUAAGGUAGCAAUAACAACAAAAAUAAUAAUACUACAAACAGCAACAACAACAACAAUAAUAAUAAUACAAACAGCAAUAACGGUAAUGGUAAUAAUAAUAAUAAUUAAGGAGGUCAAGGAAACAGCAACAACAAUAACAACAAUAGCUCAAGCAGCAAUAACAGUAACACAAAUAACAGUUAUAAUGAUACUAAAAACUUCUGUGAUAUUAAAAAUUGUGCAAAAUGUGAUAAAGAUAAAUGUAAUUACUGCCUAGAAUGUAUGAGUGGAUACUAACUUAGUAAUAGCAAAUGUGUAGAACAUUAAUAAUAUAAGCUUUCGGCUAUCUCUGUUUCUAUAAUUUUAUCUAUUAGUAUCAGCAUGAGUACCUAUUUAUUAAAGAGUAACACAAGGAUGUAUUAUUUACUAUUAGUUUAAUGGGUUUGCAUAGAGAUGUAUUGCUAAAUAUAGUACUUAAGUUAAGUCUUACUCGAUAUAAUUGAUCAUUUAAAUCAAAAUGAAACAAGAGAAUAGGUACUUUUAUAAAUAAUCCAUCUAGUUUUACUUACUUUUAUUGUAAUAUUUUAUCUUUUUACACAGUUCUCUUUCCACUUCAUUAGAAAUUAGAUUUCUUAGUCGUAUACCAAAGUUUUGCUUCAAUCUAAGUUUCAAAAUUUUAUAAAGUGGACUUUAAAUGCUCUCAGUAUUAUAGAGUUUAGAAUUUUCUACAUUUCUUUUAUCUUCUAAGACACUAACAACUAUAAUAAUUAAUAUUCUUUUAAAUUAAAUAACCAAAGUCAGAUGGAAUAAUCAAACAUAUUUUAAUAAUAAAAUACUCAAAACUCUAAAAGUGGAUAAAAUUCAUACAGCCAUUUAAUUUAGGAUAAAUCAAAUUUAAACUCAAAAGAAACAUUAAACAAAUCAAAUAAUAAUCAUAAAUAAUAUGUCAUUUUUAUUUUAUCAAGCAUUUAAAAUUUGUUAAAAAUUGUGAUGAUAUCAGUAGAUAUAAGUAACACAAGUAAUACCGAUAAAAUAAUAUAGCUUUAUGAAAUGAUUGCCAUAUCUAUCUUACUGCUUUCUCUGCACUCAUAUAUAAUUAUAAAAUCUUUAAACAUUUAUAAAAUUAAGAGAUAGAUAGUGCCUUUCUUUGAUAAAUAAAACUGCACUUUAAAUAAUGUUUAAAAAAAUAAAGUUGAAUAAAACAUUAUCUAAAAAAGUAAUAUUCAGUCUUCUGAAAAAUUAUAAACAUAAGAACCUUAAAUUUAAAAACAAGAUAUAUAUUAACAAAAUUUUACUUGCACGCCAUCCCAAAUCAUACAUUUUAACAAUGUUAAAAAACAAAUAAGUUAAAAUGAAUAAUAAGAAAACAUUCAACAACAACUUUAAUAAUAAUCUCCAAUAAAGAAAUAAGACAGGAGAAAAAGAACUAAAUUUAGCCAUAUUAUUUUAAAUGAAAGAAUCUAAGCUUUUAAAAAUGAUUGA